CUCGCAAAUCAGGGGUCGCAUGGAGGUUGUCAACCCACGGAAUGGCGUAGCCUGGGUUGCGCAUUUUGCUGCUUUUCAUCUCAUGCUAACCUUACCGCGCAGCAGCAGCGACGCGGCAUUUUCGAGUCUGUCACUGCUCGGUUGCAGAGAUAUCUCCGUAUCCCAGGGUGGCAAGCCGUGAUGGCAGAACUCGUUCCCAGGGAGCGUGUUUGGCGCAGCACUGCCGUCUUCAGAACCUGGAUUUGGUGCGGUGAUUUCCACACACGCAUUGCAAACAUCUCCUUUUAUCCUCUGGCCGUCCGGCGAGUUUGUUUCUCUUCUUUCUUCUUGCUCUCUUCUCCCAUUUUGCCUAAUUUUCCUCAUCCUGGCCGAACGACUCUGGCUGAAAGGAUGAUCGCCAGGUCCGCCAUCGUUGCUGCCGCACUCCUUUGAUUCCCGGGCUAUCGUUACCUUUCAGCAUUUAAUCCAUUGUAUGUAUAUAUGUGUUAUAAUCCAGCCGGCCGGUUCCGCACAAUGGCCAGGCAGCCAUUAAUAUUCCACCCUCUCUAUCUUUUCUUCUUAAUAUGCUCAAGCUGCGCUUGGGUAGGAAGCGUCGCGGCGUUCGGCCCGAACCCGGCCCCGGUUCUGGCAAGCGAUGCCGGGACGGGCCGAGUGGAGCGGGUCGACGCGGUCCGGGAUGGAUGCCACGCCAUGAUCACACCGCCUCCGUCGCUCUUUCUCCUCGCCCGGCAAGACCAAGGGCAAAUCCAAGCCCUGAGCGACCAGUUACGGCAACUUAGCGCCCAGUCCCGGUCCGUCAGCCAGUCCAGCCAGCAGCUCAGCCAGUCGCUGCAGCAGGCGACACAGCGGCUGAGCCAGACGGAGCAGCAGCUGGCGAGCGCGCGCGCACAGCAGAGCGCGGCCGAGGCCGCCUCGCGCUCCAUGUCGCAAGCCUCCGCCGAGGCGUCGCGGAGCGCCGAACGCGUCCUCUCCGAGGCCAGCCGUGCCAUGUCCCAAGCCAUGUCUAGCGUCACCAGCUCCAUGGGCGCUAGCUUCGCGAGUGCCCUCGCCAGCGCAAGCCGCAGCAUCAGCGCCGUCCGGGUCUCGGCUGCCAGCGUCAUCCAGGCGGCCCAGGCGGACGCUACUGCCUUAAGGAACGAGGCCCAAACACAGGUCCAACAGGCGCAGGGCGCCGCUCUGUCGGUCACCCAGAUCGCACUCGCGGUAGUCGGCGGCAUCGUCGGCUCGUCGCUGCUGACAGUGCUCGGCUUUGUGCUCAUCCUCCGACACAGGCGCAAGAAGCGCCGGGGAGGUCUGGGCGGUGGCCGGAUCGGGCUUGGGAGUGGUAGAUGGAGGAGCGGUAGCGGAAAUCCGAACAUCGGACACCCUGAGCUGGUGAAGACGUCUAACAAGGCAUAUGCUGCUUUUGCCUCUGGCGGGAGUAAAGCGGGAAAUGAGGCGCCAAGUGACGAUGGAAGUAGCAGUAUCUAUAGUAUGGGUGAGAAGGAGAAUGGCGGCGAGUUCCGUAAGGGCCUUAGCGAUACGGACGUUCAGGCAUCGUUGCAGCUGGCGGCGGCAUUGGCGGCUCCACCUGCGGCUGCGCUGGCGAGGGCGAAUACCACCAUCACCAGGAAGAGUGUCGGCACUGGGAUAAAGAGCGACAGAGCCAAUGACGGUGAGAUGGGGCAUGCGGUCAGCUAUCAUUGUCCAUCCUGGAAAAGCCAGUCAAGCCCGCCUGCAGGUGUUCUUGGGGAUGGCGAGGGAGGUGGGAAGUUCCAGCCGGGAAAACCGCCGUUGGGCGGCAAGUUUACCUUGUUCCCGAGGAGCAGAGCUGAGUAUAGUCCUUGGUCAGCGUCGGCGGGGUCGCCGGUUGAGAAGGGCUAUGGGGAGAGAGCGUCGAGGUCAUCGUUUCCGACUCUGGAUGCCUGGUUACAGUCGGGAACUACCGUGAGUCCCUUUUCGACGCUGAAGAGGUGACAGGGGCAGGCUGGGCACGGGCAACCGUUUGUAAUGGGACUUCGGAGGAGGAACAUUUUAGACUGGGAGGGGGUUAAUCUUGGAUAUCAGAAGUAAUCAGCGACAAGGCGGUGUUUCGUUGUUAUAUACCCAUGGUUUGUUUUUCGCCGUUCAUUAGAAAAUUAUCCAUGACUUCGGUCUGACUUCCUUUGGUAGUUGAAGUCGGCUAUUCGCUAUCGAGUUUGCAAUCAAC